AUGGAAUUAAAAGAUAUUCAAUCAGUUGUUGUAUGGAGAUUAAUCUUUAAACAUUUAAUGAACAAUUCUCCAAAAUCAUUAUCAAACUUUUCAAUUACAUGUAAAUCAAUUAGACAAAAGAUUAAUGUAAUUUAUAAUUGGAAGGAAAUAGCAUUAAAGAAUUUACCUGAAGCGGUCAACAUUGCUAAUAUACUAGGUAUAAAUGUUGAUAAAGAACCAGAGCAUUCACUAAAAUGGGCAUCAAUGUAUCAAUAUUAUAGAUUCAUCUACCCAGCAUCUAAAUUUGGUCAUAUUGUUCAUAUGAAUACACAAUAUCUUCAAUCGCUCGAAAGUUCAAAGUUGGAUGCCAUUUUACCAUUCUCUCAUAUAGUUCAUUUAAAUUUUGUUUGGUGGUUUGAAGUCGGAGAAUUGAUUAAAGAUAUUCCUGUAAAUAAUUAUAAAGUUUAUUGGUUAUUAAGAAAUGAUGGUCUAGUAAAGACAUUACAAUCAGAGGUAGAGAUUGAAGGGUCAUCAGAGCCAAUCACACAAAAUAUGGUUGUUGAAAGAUCACCAAUGGAAUGGAAGUAUUUUAGAGGACCAGAUAUAUCACCUGACCAAGAUAUCUAUCCGCGUGGUUCAUUGUUUUCAUUGUUUUGUAGAUUACAUGAAAGAGAUUGUGCUCGCACUAAAGGUAAUCUAGAUAUUGCCUAUGUAUUAUUGGUUCCAUCAGAUGAUGAUCAUCAUAAACCACCAAAAAUAUUAUUUAAACAUCCCAACCAUGAUGAUGACAAGAAUAAUAAUGAUAAUAAUAAUAAUAAUAAUACUGAUAGUCCAAGUUUAAUGACAAGAUUAUUUAAAUACUUUCAAUAA